CCGGCCAGCGCCCCCCGCUGCCGCCCGGCGCCGCCCGCCAUGCCCGGCCCGGCCGCCGGGAGCAGGGCCCGGGUCUACGCCGAGGUGAACAGCCUGAGGAGCCGCGAGUACUGGGACUACGAGGCGCACGUUCCGAGCUGGGGUAAUCAGGACGAUUACCAACUGGUUCGGAAACUUGGUCGGGGAAAAUAUAGUGAAGUGUUUGAGGCCAUUAACAUCACCAACAAUGAGAGAGUGGUUGUAAAAAUUCUCAAGCCAGUGAAGAAAAAGAAGAUAAAACGAGAGGUUAAGAUUCUGGAAAAUCUUCGAGGUGGAACAAAUAUCAUUAAGCUCAUUGACACUGUGAAAGACCCAGUGUCAAAGACUCCAGCUUUGGUGUUUGAAUACAUCAACAAUACAGAUUUUAAGCAACUAUACCAGAUCCUUACAGACUUUGACAUCCGGUUUUAUAUGUAUGAACUGCUUAAGGCCCUGGAUUACUGUCAUAGCAUGGGAAUCAUGCACAGAGAUGUCAAACCUCACAACGUUAUGAUAGAUCACCAACAGAAAAAGCUUCGACUGAUAGACUGGGGGCUGGCAGAAUUUUACCAUCCUGCUCAGGAGUAUAAUGUGCGCGUGGCCUCUAGGUACUUCAAAGGGCCAGAGCUCCUUGUGGACUACCAGAUGUAUGACUACAGUCUGGACAUGUGGAGCUUAGGCUGUAUGCUGGCCAGCAUGAUCUUCCGAAAGGAGCCCUUCUUCCAUGGCCAAGACAACUACGACCAGCUUGUCCGGAUUGCCAAAGUACUUGGUACAGAUGAGUUAUAUGGAUAUCUGAAGAAGUAUCACAUAGACCUGGACCCACACUUCAACGAUAUCCUGGGGCAACACUCUCGAAAACGCUGGGAAAACUUCAUCCAUAGUGAGAAUAGACAUCUCGUCAGUCCUGAGGCCCUGGAUCUCCUGGACAAGCUUCUGCGCUAUGACCAUCAACAAAGGCUGACUGCCAAAGAGGCCAUGGAACACCCUUAUUUCUACCCUGUGGUGAAGGAGCAGUCCCAGCCAAGCUCAGAAAAUUCUGUGCUCUCCAGUGGUCUCACAGCAGCACGAUGAAGACUGGAAAACGACGGGUCUGAUGCUGUUUCUCCCACUUUUCCAUAAGCAGAACAAGAACCAAAUCAAAUGUCUUAAAAACGUGUGUGUACAGAGACCACAUGCAGCGGCCAGACACGUUAUGUGGCAGGUUACGAGAGCAGGAACCACACCAGCUGAAUGCCAACCAACAGUCUGUAAAACAAACCUUACUUCUGAAUGUGAAAGGUUCAUCCGCCUUUGACUUCCUGUUGACUUCCUUCUGACCCAGAAAGCAUGGAAAAUGUGAAGGGUAUGCAAAAUGGCUGUGGGUUAAUGUUGCUCCCCCACUUCCUAUAUCCCCACCUCAACCCACUGACCUUUGGUUCCAUGGUCCCGCCCCUUCCCCAGCAAACUGUAUUAACUAGCUGGCCACAAACUCCACCGUGGGGAAAUGGGGGGAAAUAUAUGGCAUGAUGGACAGUUAUAUAUUAUAAUUAAAAAAUUAUAUAUUAUUGAAUAAAAGUUUUAAAAGAAAUGUAUGAGGAGUUUUCAGUAUGGAAGGAGCUAUGAGCUGAGACCCAGAGGGGCAGCUGAGAAUACCCGAAAUGGUUGUGUUGAAAUAGUGGCCUCGGCGGAGGGGGCUGCACCAUGUCCUUGCCCAGGACGGAACAAGGACAGACCUAGGAAGAGAAUGUGACAGCAGUUUUGUACGGAGUAACUCCUCAGAAAGGUGUCCAUUGUUAGAGGUGUUGGGCGAGCUCAUUCUAGGGAGAAUGGGGAGUGGGAACAUUCAGUGAAACGUGCAGGUUUCACUUUGGUACCCUAACUUCCCACGCAGGCCUUGAUGGCUAAGAGCAGCUUGUCUCAUCACUGGGGGAGAAUCUUCCCCUAGAGGUUGUAUCACUGGCUAUCAUCUUAGCUAGCGAAUAAAGCUUGUUUUGCUCUUAACAGUGAACUCAGGAAGAUUAUUUAGCUUUUCCCGGCUCUUCCCUUCCUCCUUUUCCCUCAACUCAGAUAUUCCAUUCCGCACCUUCCAUCCUCCUUAUUCCUUCCCUGCCUCACCCCUAAUACUUCUGAGACAGAGUUUUGCCAUAAGAGUUAGAAGUUUUAGAGAGAAUGAGUCUUUCAUCCCGGGUGGGGGGGGGGGUGUCUCAGAUCAAUGGGACUGCUUACUUCUGACCAUACUCUGAAGCUUGAAGACUUCAGUGAAGUAGAGUUAUAAGACCAGUGGAUCAAAAAAACUAAGUGACUGCCCGACAUGGGGAAGGGGGACAAAAUUGGGAAACUACUUGUUUUAAAAUAGGCCUUUUUUAUUUUUUUGUCUUGAGCAAAAGUAUAGUCAAUGAAACUACAGAAAGGCCUCUCUCUCCUGCCCCUCACCCUCCCAACCAGACAGGACCAAUGGAGAAGAAAGUAUGUGAAAGUGUGAGCUGAUCUUUUGUUGUUCUGAAUUCUGCCUUUUCCUCCUGGUUGUGAGGAGCAGAAGAGAAAGAAAAAAAAAUUCCUGGGCAUUUUAAUUGGAGCAGAUCAGUUAUGUAACCUAGGUCUCCAUUACUAGUCAGUCCCCAAGGCGUUAUUCUUCCUUUGUUUCAACAAGUGCUUAUCUUGAAAUAAUGUAACUGUAAACCGGUAUGUAUACCCAUUUUUUUUUCUGAAGGAGUAGGGGGUGGGGAGUUAUCUGCCAAGAGGAGUAGGUUCUUAUCUGUGACUUCUCAGAAGUAUUAGAGCUUGAGGCUGUAGGCAUUUUCAACCAAUGAGCUACAGCCUGGAGUAUUAACAAAAGUAGAUACUUCAAACUUAUUUUAAGACCCAGUAGGACUCUGUUCAACUGAAUUUUGUGUUUCCCAGCUCCCUCUGUUGCUUUGUUUUCCUCUAACAUCCCCUAUAUUCAAUCUCUCUGUUGUAAGGCUACCUCUGAUUCAAGGUUCUGCUCGCCAUUUUUUUUUUCACUUCCUGACUCUUUGAAAAUACAUUAUAGUACCUCUUUAUAACAAGUACCUCCCUGUACCAUACAUUUCAUACCUUCUAAACCUUACAGAUGUGGUUCUUUGUAUGUGUGUAUAUAUAAAACAUGUAUUUAUUAUCCGUG